AUGCCAAGUGGUGGAGGAGCCGAUGGCCAGUCGCCAGUCCUGGUUCGAAAGGGCGAUAUUGUGGUUUUUUCAACCUGGGCUCGGCAUCGCCUAGGGAAAGACUUUGGAGCAGAUCCAGAAAAGUUUUAUCCAGAGCGAUGGGAACACCUAAGCAGUGAUCUUUCCGGUUUUGUUCCGUUCAAUAAAGGUCCCAGAAUCUGUCCUGGUCGUAAGCUCUCCCCCCUUGGUCCUAUGGUCAACAUGUCAACUGAUGACCCUGCAGAACAGUAUUCUAUGACUGUGCUCACGUACAUUGUGGCUCGUAUGUUCCAGACUUUUUCAACUGUAUCCAACUAUAAUACCAAAGAAUGGAUCGAAAGGAUUAGCUUGACAUUCGAGAACGAAAAUGGGGUUCUGGUUGGGCUAAGCUGA